AUGAUAAAGAACAUAGAUAAGUAAAGAAGGUCGUGAGAUGUGUUGCAAAAUUGCCUUUUUGCAAUAGAAGAACAUUGUAUCCUCUUUUUUUUCUCCGAGUCGUUAAUAAUUUCAUAGUUUUUUAAAACGGUUGUGUUUACAUAAAAUUCUAAAAGAUGCGUCACGCUAAAUUUAUAGCACGGACAGUUUUCGUUCAAAAUAAUGACGUAGAGGCGGCAUGCAAAAUUCUAAAUAGAAUUUUAGGGAAAGAAGGUAUUUUAGACCAAUACAGAAGAACUAGAUAUUACGAAAAACCGUUCCAGGUAUCUAUUAUGCUUAAUANUGAAAGGUGUAAAGCAAUUUAUAAUGAAGACAUGAAUAGAAAAAUACAGUUUGUCUUAAGAAAAAAUAGAGUAGAUCCAUUUCCUGGAUGUUAUUGAUAGACUUUGAAGUUGUACUUAUGAUUAAGAAUUAUAGUUUGUUUAAUAAGCUA